AUGAGUACGAAGGCCGCUAUUGCCCGACUGAGAGCGUACAAACCUCCACCAUUCGCGACAUGGGAUCACUUACCUCUGAGCAGAAGGGCUGCUGUCCUGGUGCUGCUGUUUGCGGACCGUCGAGGUGAUCUUCGAGUUGUUCUGACUAUGCGGGCUGCAACACUGAGGAACUAUUCUGCAGGCCAAGCUGCAUUUCCUGGAGGCAAGGCGGAUACCCUAGAAGAAACACCAUUCGAAAUCGCCAGACGAGAGGCAUACGAAGAAAUCGGCCUCCCAAAAGACGACUCCAAGAUCCCCCGACCUUUCCGAAUAGAGCAUCUCUGCCAACUCCCCUUUAGCCUAGCUAAGACCGCACUCGCGGUACGGCCUUGCGUGGCAUUCCUACACUCCGAUGACAGCAGUGGGAAUAAAGCAGCAAGUGUUGAAGAGUCCAUGAUACCUCGGCUUGAUGCCAAAGAAGUCGCGGCUGUGUUCUCUGCUCCUUUCCAUAAUUUUCUGAGAUCAGAGGACCAAGUACCGGAAGGUGAUAAAGUACCAGGAAAGAAAUCAGAUUGGUAUGAAGGGAAAUGGAUCGAUUGGUUUGAUGGAAGAUGGAGGAUGCAUAACUUCCACGUUCCGAUAAAUAACCAGAAAGUGUCGAAGCCGAAGGUAAGAGAAGGCGGACAAGCUGCCUUCGCCGAAGAGUUAGACGAAGAGGAAGACGAUGGGAUGCAGAGAUAUAAAGUCUGGGGCAUGACCGCUAGGAUGCUAGUUGAUGCUGCCAGACUUGCUUAUGGAGAGGAACCAGAUUUUGAGUAUAAUACCCACCACGGAGAUGAGAAAACGAUAGAGAAUCUAUAUAAAAUGGGUCGACUGGGUGAAAAGGUGCCCGGAGGACCUGAUCUCACUGAUUCUGACCUGAAGACUGCCAGAGAGGGAACAAUAUCGAAAGAUACAUCUAAGAUCUAG